AUGCCAUGACAGAAAAAUUAAAUUCUUUGGAAACCAAGAUGAUGAACAUUGAAAGCAAGCUGGAAAACUACGAAAGUCGCAUCCUGCAGCUGGAACAAAAAGAGAGAAACGCAGUCAUAUUCAGUGCUGGAAUUGGAGUGAAUUCACCAUUUGGGCCGUUUGACACAGACGUAACUAUGAUCUAUGAUAAAACGCUUGUAAAUAUUGGAAAUGCCUACAGCCCAGUUACAGGUGUCUUCACAGCACCUGUGUCGGGUGUGUACUUCUUUACUAUUUUCUCUCAUUCUGGAGGUAGCCAUACAACAUGGCUGUAUUUCUACAAGAACAAUGAGGAGAUCUUGCACAUCCAUGAUCACAAAUCAACUGACUCAGCUGAUAAUGGAGGGAAUGCGGCGUUCCUGCAGCUGCAGCAGGGUGAUCAAGUGUGGAGGGGACAGGUGGGGCGCAAGGCCCAGGGGAGCUCGAGGCCGAGGCGCGGGGAGGCAGGCAGGUGA